AUGUUCUUUCAUUCCUUUCUUCAUCCUUUACCUAUUUCCCUCUUCACUCUUUCAUUCCUGGUAACCCAUAAUUCACUCUUCUUUCUAUUUUCUUUCUUUUUUCUUCUUUUUCUUUUUUUUUUCUUCUUUCUUUUUGCUUUCUUUUCCUUCUUACUUUUUCCUUCUUACUUCUUUCUUUCUUUUCUUCUUUCUUUUAUCUUUCUUUUUUUCUUUUCUUUCUUUAGUCUUCUUUCUAUUUUCUUUCUUUUUUCUUCUUUUUCUUUCUUUUUUCUUCUUUCUUUUUGCUUUCUUUUCCUUCUUCCUUUUUCCUUCUUACUUCUUUCUUUUUUUCUUUCUUUUUUCUAUCUAUUUCUUCUUUCUUAUUUUAGUCUUCUAUUUUCUUCUUACUUUUUCUUUCUUUUUCUUCUUUUUCUUUCUUUUUUUCUUCUUUCUUUUUGCUUUCUUUUCCUUCUUCCUUUUUCCUUCUUACUUCUUUCUUUCUUCUUUCUUUUUUCUAUCUAUUUCUUCUUUAUUAUUUUAGUCUUCUAUUUUCUUUUUACUUUUUCUUUCUUUUUCUUCUUUUUCUUUCUUUUACUUACUUUUUCUUUUUUAUAUUUUUUCUUUUCUCUUUUUUCUUUUUUGUUUUUUCUUCUUUCUUUUUCUUUCUUUUUCUUUCUUUUUUCUUCUUUUUUUCUUUCUUUUGUUUACUUUUCGUGUUCUGUUUUUAUAAUUGUUUUUCGAUUUAAUUUCUUUUUCUUUUCUUUUUCUAUUUUUUCUUCUUUUCGCUUUUACUUUUGCUUAUUUCUUAUUUUUAUCAUUGCUUCUUUUUGUUUGUUAGUUUCUUUUUUCUCGUUCAUUUGUUCUUUCUUUUACUAUAUUCACUUACAUUUUAUCUUUUCUGUUCUUUCCUCUUUCAUUCUUUCUUUCUUUUUCAUUUUUUCUCCUUUGUUAUAUUCACCAGCAUUUUUUUUUGUUUUCUUCUUUUUUGUGCCAACUUUCUUUCUUUCUUUCUUUCUUUCUUUUUUCUUUCUUUCUUUCGUUACACUCACCUGCAUUUCUUCUUUUAUUCAUUUCCUCCCCUUUCCUUUGUUUUUAUCCGAGGUUUUUCCAAACGAGUACCACCAUAUCUAUCUAUCUAUCUAUCUAUCUAUCUAUCUAUCUAUCUAUCUAUCUAUCUAUCUAUCUCUCUCUCUCUCUCUCUCUCUCUAUAUAUAUAUAUAUAUAUACACACACGAAUAA